CCCCCCCCCCCCCCCCCCCCCCAAACAAAAAAAAAAACCAAGGAAAUUCCCGUGAAAAGAGUUUCGCAGUAUAUUAACACCACCAUUCUCUGAACCUGAUCACCCCAGAUUUUCAACCCUCACAUGGCGGAGGGCAGAGAGAGAGGGACAGAAACAAUCCACAAUUCAAAGGUUCAGCUUAGAAACUAGAGAGAGAGAGAAGAAGAAGAAGAAAAAACCAAAAAACCUGUAUAUAUAAAACACCCAGUUGAAAAGUAUUUAGCAGAAGAGCCAAAAGAAUUAGACAAAGAGAGAGUAAUUUUAUUACACAUGGAUUCUGCUUCAGGUGGAGCCGGACUGCCCGACGCGAACGUCAGUAGCUGCGAGGGUCCGUCGUCUGCGUCAAGGUCGGCAGCCCCGGCGGCUACCUCUGAGCCCUCGUCAGCAUCUCCGGCCCCGCCAAGUCGCUACGAGUCGCAGAAGCGGCGGGACUGGAAUACCUUCCUGCAGUACCUCAAGAACCACAAGCCUCCGCUCACGCUGGCCCGCUGCAGUGGGGCCCACGUCAUCGAGUUCCUCAAGUACCUCGACCAGUUCGGGAAGACCAAAGUCCACGCCACCGGCUGCCCCUACUUUGGACACCCCAACCCUCCCGCCCCAUGCGCCUGCCCGCUCAAGCAGGCGUGGGGCAGCCUAGACGCGCUCAUCGGACGGUUGAGGGCCGCGUACGAGGAGAACGGGGGACGGCCCGAGUCAAAUCCCUUCGGUGCUCGAGCGGUGCGGAUUUAUUUGAGGGAGGUGAGGGAGGGACAGGCUAAGGCCAGAGGAAUUCCCUACGAGAAAAAGAAACGGAAACGGUCGACCGUCACUGCCACUGCGGUUGUAGGGAAUGUGUCGGUGGCGUCCACUCAAGGCGUCGGUGGUGAUGGUGAUGGCGGUGGCGGUGUUGAUGGUGGCGGUUCAAGUAACACCGCUGCUGCUGCUGCUACUAGUACUGCAGUAUAGGAACAAUGUUGGCCAAGAGAAGGCCCGACUAAGGCCCAUGGAAAGGAGAAGACCAAGUCUCAAAGAUGAAAGGAAGACCCCAAAGGCGCAUGGGGAUAGAAAGGGAUUUCGUCGAGCACUAUAGCCGACUGUCAAAGGCUCAGCUCGAUUAGGUUACAUAAAGUAUUAGCAUGUGGGUGAACUGAUAACUUUAUGGUACGUGGGUAGCUCUAACAAUUGACAACUAAAAGUCAGUAGCGAAAGACCCAAGCUGGGACAAAAAAUGGGUCCGGAAAGUGGCUCGGCAAGAUCUGGUUGAGUAAUCAAAACCGAUCGAGAGAAAUUGUCUACUUUCUCUCGAAAGGUGUGCAUCUAAUUAGACACCCAUCACUUCACCGCCGAAUGUUGAACUGGUAGUGUAAAGGUGUCAGUGAGUUCACCUACACACAGAGGCGCAAUAACUGCUCGAUGGGAGGAACCCAAGGAAUAGGGGUUCGCUAAAGGCCUAUAUAAAGGGGUAAAGGUCCCAGUAAUAGGGGUCCGACUAUGUUUGAGAGAAAAACAUAUGUAUUUUACUAGCGUUAUUUUUACUUGCAAUUAAUAGAAUUUGAUACUUCACAGUGAAUGUAAGGGGUGAACCACUUAUAUUUGUAUCUUUUUCAUUUCAGUCCAUAUCUUAAGCCCAAUCUAGGGUUUGAGACCUUUGACUGUUUCACUUAUA